GCUGCUGUUCUUCCCAAUUUCUUUCAUUACAAUCCCUGUUUCUAUAUACUUUCAAGCUCCCUCAAUUAAUUUUCCUCCAUUGGUUAAAGGUUAAUUAGUCUCCAUUGCUAGAGCAGAAAUUAUGAGAGCAUUUCAGUGCUGCUCCAAACGUAAUGCCUCCUGAUUUAUUACGUUGGCCCACCGUGUCAGAGGCAGAUGCUGGAGGUAUGGCAGUACAGGUUGGACUUUCUUGACGAUAUUUUAUUAGGUUCAAGUCCAACAUUAUAAAGGCUUACUGAGAUCGCUGGCCAAGCUAGAAUCUGCAGCAUAACUUCACCCCCUUCAAGGGUUAUGACAGGAUUGGGUUGAGAUCCAGGAGACAGAUGGUGAAAUUUACUCCCGGCAAAAUAAAAUAAAAUAAAAUAAAUAAAGUGAAGGCAAGUGUUUGUGAGGUGGUAAAUGCUACAGAAGAAGCUUUCGAACUUCAAAGAAAAUACUGCAGACACAAAAGCGUUAUUUCCCUAAGGUGGUCAUUCCUCUCAGCAGAAUAUCACCAUCAAGAACCUCUUCUGUGUCUGUGCUUCCAGUCCUGACUGUUACGCUGUCCAAGGCUUUCUAAAAACUUCUGCUUUUCCUCUCUAUUUUGACCUGAAUUUGUCAUCAAUUUGUACCUGUUUAGCAUGUUUUUACAUUCAGGCUCCCAGAUAGCAGUUUCUCCAGACACGAACUAUUUUGCUGCUGACUGGCUGGGAGUUGAAGUGACCAGGGCGACUCUUGGGAUCAUUGGGAUGGGCAGAAUCGGGUAUAAAGUGGCUCAGAGAGCCAGAGCCUUUGAAAUGAAGAUCCUGUACCACAACAGGAACCGCAGGAGCCAGGAGGAGGAGCAGGCCGUUGGUGCCUGCUACAGUGAGAUGGAAGACUUGCUGCAGCAAUCUGACUUUGUUAUGCUGGUUGUGAACCUGACGCCUCAGACUGAAAAACUGAUUGGGAAAAAGGAGCUGGGGCUGAUGAAACCCACAGCCACUCUUAUAAACAUCAGCCGAGGUGCAGUUAUUGAUCAAGAUGCAUUGGUGGAAGCUCUCCAGAAUAAGACUAUUAAGGCUGCUGCUCUGGAUGUGACAUACCCUGAGCCUCUGCCAAGAAAUCACCCUUUAUUGAAAUUAAAUAACGUCAUAAUAACCCCACAUAUUGGAACUGCAACAGUUCAAGCCACCCACAUGAUGGCAGAAGAAGCAAUAGCAAAUAUGCUGUCUGUUCUCAACUGUCAACCCAUUCCAAGUGAAGUGUUUCCCCAGUGAUUUGCACCAGACGACAGUGCUAAAUCUCUGACUUGUGAGGAGGCACAAUUUCAUACAGGACCACUGUUUAAAAACAAAACAAAACAAAAAAACAAAAAAAAAAAACAAAGAGAGAGCAGCUUUGUUCCAGCACAGCUCUUUUUGUCAGUAUACUGCAAGGCUGUCAACUCACUCAGCUUACUCUGUACUGGCAUUUACAAAAUCAAAACAAUGAAGUGGAACAGCUAAAACUGUUUUGUUUGAA